AUGAGGGAGGGUGGGAGGUUGGCAGAGGAGCUGGGGCACGGGGAGGGGAGCGAUGAGGCGGGAAGGCAAGCAGAUCGAAGAGUCGUUGAUAUGGUGGAUUCCGUGAGGGAAAGGAGAAGGGUGGGAGGUGAUGUGUGUGAUGAUGACUGGAGAGAGGAAGCUCAGAUGCUCGAAGAGAAGCUUGGUGGGGCGGGAGGGAGAGAGGAGAUUGGGAUGAGGGAGCAGGCGAUGGGAAUGGAGGGCGUUGGGGUGAAGAGACUGAGGGAGGUGGCAACGAGGAAUGCGUUGUGUCUGGACGCAGUAGGUGGUAUAGGGAAACGCGGAAUGAGAGUUAAGAGGAGGGCCUGGAGGUUUGUGUUGGAUUCGGAAGAGCAGGAAGACCAGCGGCAGGGGGAGGAGGAUGAGGAAGAAGAAGAGGAAGAGGAAAGGGAUGAAGAGGAGGAGGAGGAGAAGUGGGAGGCGGGAAUGGAGGAGGUGGUGGUGUGCAAUCGGUUUGAAGGGCCCAAGUACGACCUGGCAGUCCGCAGCAACGCAGCUCUCCAUGCCAUGCGCUGCCAUGCUGACAGCAACCAGUGCGAUUGUGAUAGUAACGAGGUCGUGGCAUGGAGGCACAGGGGGGACAGCGAGGGCGCAGUGUGGGUGGUUAACCACCGGUGGCUCGAGGACUGUCUGCUGUACUCGCGCCGAGUUCCUGAAGCUCCUUACGCCCUCCUCCCGGGCGAUGCAGUGGGCCCUCCAUGUCUCUUUCCCUCACCCACCGCACCCCCCUUACCACCAGCACCCCCCUUAUCGUCUGCGCAUCCAGUACCACCUGCACUGUCACAUGACCUGCUGCUGCACGCGCUCCCGUCCGUUGCGUCACCACCACCACCACCUGCCCCUUCCCAGCCUGCCCAUACGCCUCCCCGUGUCACCCUUCCAGUCACCGUCGCUCCUCCAUCACCACACCACCCAUCAACCAUCCCAAGGCCCCCACCCCCGCCUCCUCUUCCCCCAGAGGAACCCUCUGUUCUUCCCUUGGUCGCACCGGCGGCUCUUCCCUUAAUGGACGACUGCAAGGCAGGCGCAGCAGAGGAAGGGCUGUGGAAUGAAGCAGGGAUAAUGCAGGGGGAAGAUAAACCGCUUUUGAUGGUACAGGCAGAACCCGGGGUUCUCGCGUCAAGAGAGAAUGUUUUGGAAGAUGUUGGGAGCGGGUGGGGUGGUGGUGCGGGAAGCAGCGGGCUGAGGGAAAACAGUGGGUCCGUGGCAGGCUUUGCAAACGACCGAGGCAAGGAUCCGGUUGGGCGAGGUGAGGGGGCUGGAAAGGCGAGGCGCUUCACUAAGAGCAGCCCCUUUAAGAGGAGGAGAGUGCAGGGUAAGGAAAAUGUCCCAGAUGGGUGUUCAGAGGGGCAUGGAGGGGGUAAGGGUGGUGUGGUGACGCGGAUUGAAACAUCCGCUUUAGCCGAUGAGGCCUCCCGGUCGCCCACUCAAACCUCCUCCCCAUCUAAAUGCCUGUAUGACAGGGUUGGGGAAGACGGCAUAUGGCCUUCGAUCCAUUUGGGGUCUCCUGUUCCUCUCUCUCUGUUGCCCUCGCAACCUGCUCCUGGUGGCUUUCAGGUUGAUCCUGAUUGUUCUCAGGUUGCUCCUGUUUGCUCUCAGGUUGCUCUUGAUAGUUCUCAGGUGAAAACAGCAGAGGAGAUAAAAGGGGGACGGGAGGAGAGGAGAGAAGGGAUGGACGCGCAAGGGAGGGGUCCAGAGGGUAAGGAGACCAGAGAACCAGAUUAUGGAGGGAGGGAACCAGAGGGGAGGGAGAGAAGAGCAACAGAUGCUGGAAGUGUGGAGGAGGAAGAAGAGGACUUUACAGAUAGAAUCUCGCUGUCUCCUGACAUUGGGGGGGGUUCUCGCCACAAACCACUUGACUGCAGGCACAGGCACCUCGCUCAGCAACUUCUACCUGAAAAUUCACCUGAAGGUGUUCCUGAAUCGUCUCCUGAGCAUUUACCUGAUGAAGCGGCUCGUUUGAACUCGUCUCAGCCAGGUGAAUGCUCAGCACCAGAGGAUGGCUACCGUGAGAUAGAACCAGUGGGGACAGGUGGAGAGCAAAGGGAGCUACCGGCUGUCGCUGGUGCUGAGAAUUGGGGAGGAGAAGCUUAUAUGGAGGAGGAUGACAGCUCAUUUCAGCAAGCGCCAAGUCUGCUGGCGUCUCUUUGGAGACCAAGAGAAGAGGGGGAAGAUCGGGGGGUGCUGGUGGAUGGGCCGAGAGAGCAGCAGGAGGUGGCUUGUGAGUUGGCUGAAAUGGCAUGGAGAAGGGAGGGCGCAGGUGGGGGGUUGCUGGUCGGUAGGCAGAGAGGCGGCGGGAAACUAAGGGAUGUGAGACAAGUGGAAGAGGAUGUGGUGCGAGAGGGUGUGAGGGGAGAACGUGUGACUGAAGAGGGUGUGAGGGAAGAGGACGAAUAUGUGAUACAAGGGGAUGUGAGACUGGGGCACGUGGGGCAGGAGAAGGUGGAGGGUGUGAGGAACGAGGAGGUGGCACAAACGGGUGAGGGAAGAGGGGCAGGAGGGAGAGGCAGGGUUGGAGUGGUGCUGCAGCAAGAGCGAUUAGACAGUGGUGAUGUGAUUGUGCUUUCAGACAGCGACAGUGGCAGGGAUAGUGACAGUGAGAAGGACAGUGAUAGUUGUGGCUUGCAGAUGGGGAAACGUAGUAAAAGGGGAGGUGAGGGGAGUGGGCGAAGGGUGAGAGGCUUGUGGGAGGAUGAAGGGGAAUGUAAGGAACGGGAGGUGGGGGCAGAGGAGAAAGAAGAAGAGGAGGAAGAAGAGAAGGAGGAAGAGGAAGAGGAGGAGGAUGAGAUUGAGUUCACACAGCGUCUGCCUGAGAAUAUGGGGAGGGAUGGCAUGGCAGCAAGCGAGCCAGCGAGAGGACGCACAGGGGGUGCUGAUGGGGUGAGAGACAGUCACGUGCAUGGAAGCCAGGGGCCACACGUGAGAGCUUGUGAGGGAGGUGUGGGGCGAAGCACAUGGCACGGUCGACCGAGUGUUGAGAAGGCGGAUUUUGGAGGACGAGAAGGGGGGAGGGAGUGUGAGGGGCAGAUGGGGCAGGAGGGAGGGAUUGAAGAGACAGUGGGCCGAGGGGGAGAUGAGGGCGAGAGGGGAGGGGAACGGGGAGGGGAGCAGAGAUUGAAGAGACUGCGCAAGGCAACGUGGAGGAGGGAUCUGUUGCAGAGAAGAACUGCUGCUGCUGCUGAGACUGGUGGGCAUGGUGGUGAUGGUGGAAAUGGCAGAAGAUCCGGUAGAGGAAAUGGUGGUGGUUAUGUUAGAUGGAAUGCGGUUGGUGGCGGUGAUGAGGCAGAGGACGAGGAAGAGGAUGCAGAAGGCUGUGCUGUAGGAGGGGUGCAUUCAGGGGACGUGCCUCAAGAACCCAUCUCGCCUAGUCACGCAGCGACAGCUGGCAUGUUGGCCGAUGACGAGGCGCCUCCUGGCAGUCCGGCACGUGGCGAAGGGACCAAUGGUGGGCUGACACGUGGCAAGGGCGUGUGGACGUUGGAGGCGUUUCUGGGAAGGAAGGUGGAGCCGAGAAGACCGUUGAAAAUAGCAGAGGUGGGAGUGGGAGAGGUGAGAGAAGCAGAGGGUAGGAUACCGGAACUGUCCCUCCUGCGAGAGGGGAGUAGGGGUGUGAGCCAACAGCAGCAGCAACAGCAACAGCAACAGCACGAGCACCUUCAGCAGCAGCAGAUGCGGAUGAGAGAGGUGCCAUCGUUGGUACCAGGACAAGCGGAUGCAGCAGCAGGUGUUGCAGGUGGUGUGGCAGCAGGGGUAGCAGGGGUAUCUGCAGCUGUGGGGGGGUCUGAAACUUCAGGAAGCAGAGCCACCAUCCACAGAUACUUUCCUCCAUCAUCUACCCGACCCUCUGUGCCGGCGUCUAGUUCCAGGCAAGCCAGUCGGCUCUCCCCCGUGAGGGGCCAGCAACGGAGCAGCCGCUCUCCUAGAAGCAAGCAGAACCAGCAGCAGCUGCUUCGACCAAGCCAACAGAGCAAUCACCCUCGCAGCCACCAGAGCAGUCACCCAAGAAGCCACCUGUCCCCUGGGAGGAUAACUAUAAGGGCCUCUUGCUCUGGUGACCCCUUUCGGCUUGCCACUGCAUCACAUGCUGCCCCUCCCGCCGCUCAUCGUCUUACCGCCAUACCUGCUGCUCCUUCCUCUGUCCCCGCAGCUACAGCCACUGCUGCCGGCCCUGUCCCCACCCGCACCACCCACGCCCCUGCUCCCUCCCGCCCUCUCCCUCCCCUUGCAAGCUGUGAACUGCAAGGUUCUGCGCACACCCCCCCCAGAGCAGUGCCUGACACAAACCAGAAGGCACCUCCUCGAACACCCCCCGGAGCAGUGCUAGACGGCAGUAGGAACCAAAAGUCAUCCUUUCGCACUCCCACCAAGGCGGUGUUUGAUGGGAACCAGAAGGCGGUAGUUGCUCGCACGCCGCCCAGGGCAGCGUUUGCGAGUCCCAGUGGGGGGUGUGCGUGUGCCAUCUGCCAGGAGGACACUCCGGCCUCGCAGAUCGGCGUGCUGCCCUGCAUGCACGCCUUCUGCUACAGCUGCAUCCGCAAGUGGGCUGAGAGUGCGGCCACAGCCAUUCCCGGCUGUCCUCUUUGUAAGGAGCCCUUUGAGUUCAUUACAGUGCGCAACAAGACAGCCAGCAGAAGAGCAGCCGAGGCUGCUAAGCGCACCAGUCUCCCUGAUGCUGCUGCUGCUGCUGCUGCGCCUGUGGAUGAAGAGGGUGAUAUUCAGGGGGAUGGGGAGGACGAGCGUAUUGUGAUGGUGCCAAUCCGCAAGAGAAGGGCCCCCACUGAUGAGUCGCCACUCGAUUCGGGCACAAUGGAGGACUUGCUGCUGCUGUGCGACGGCUGCAACCACCUGGGAGCGCACCACACCUUCUGCCUCGACCCGCCGCUCGCUGCUGUGCCCUCUAGCCAGGAGCCCUGGUUCUGCCCUGCUUGCUCUGAGAGGAGGUAA